GAGUAGGGGUUUGAAGAUAUUUUGAGGCAGGGGAUUUCUCCUACUAUAUGAUUGUACGGUGUUUAACACAAUGGGAACCCAUUCCUGUUUGGAGAAUCUGGGUGCUGCUAUAAUACUACAAAUAGUAAUAACAAAAGAAGCCCAUAAUUUGUAAUAUACAAUACAUGUAUCCCAACUAUUGUAUAAAAAAGGAUACUGUAUAAUGUGACUUUGUUGAUGAGGACAGAUGCUACAGAAAAGUUAUAUCAAUGACAUUUGGGAGCAAGUUUUGAUAAAAUCAGCAGAGACUGAUCGAUCUUGAUUGUAGCUCUGGUAUUCUGUUUCUAACCGUUGAUAUUUAUAAUGAAGUAAUAUUGCUUCAUAGUCUUUAUAGUAAUACUGUUUACCUGAACAAAACUAAGUUGUGAUUUAUUACUCUGAUUAUUAUUUAUUAUUUCAUUGGGAAGAACCGGUGUUCCUAAUUGCAUUCCUAUCAUGUUUUGCAGACUUGGAUUCUAGAAAGUUUCUCUCAAAAACUAGAUCAUCUGUAUACUCAGCACUCUUUGACACUGCAGGAACUUCAGAGGAUCAGACUGAAUAUGGAAAAAGUGCAAGAGAUUGUGAAUUUACAGAUGGAUUUUCCUCAGGAAAAAGCAUUAGUUACAGCAGAAAAGGUAGUUGACGAGGUGGAGGAACAUGAACAUUUGCUGCAAAAAGAAUUUCUGUGGAAAGCACAGGCCAUGCUGGAAAUGGCAAAGCAGUCCUUACAUAAACGAGAGAGAGAGGUAGCUGAACUUCUACAAAGCGAGAGUGGACACAAUGAAACAAUGAAACCUCAAAUCACAGUUACAACAUUACUAAAAACUCUUGUGAGCAAGGUCCACACUAUAUAUUGUGAUGUACCUGAGGCACAACAAUGCAUCAAUCAGCUUAUUGAGAAGAAUGAUGCUGAAAGGGCUGAUCGGAAAGAAGAAUUUAAUAAUGCGCAGGCUGACAUCCUGUCCUAUAAAGUUAUUUAUGGAAAUAAACCUACGGAUUACAAAAGGGAACAGUUUUCAGUGAAGCUUUCCAGAAAUCUUGUGACUGCAAAGUCUGAAUUAGAAUAUGCUGAAACAGAGAAGAUUGCAUUGGAUUGCAUCCAAAAGGGGGAAAUCCCAGACUGGAUUAGCAAACAUUCUCCAUAUUUAACCUUGACAGAUUCUGACGAAAAAAAGUAUGCUGAUGAGAAAAGCCACCUUCCAGAUGAAGCCAUGCAAACACUCAACAGAAAAUCACAGGAUGUGGAUGAGACAAAGGAGCAGCAAGGGAUGUACCAGCUUUGGGCAGAGACCCCCAUCACAGAUCAGGGGGUGUUGUGUGGAAAGGGUGGAGCAGAGAAGCACAUUAUGAAAGAGCCCUGGAGCGAAAACUGAUUGACAGAGUGGGCAAAACUUUCAAAAGCACUUAAAUGAUGCAGAAGCCUAAGUCCCAUUGGCUUUCAAUGGGACUUGGUUCCUCAGUCACUUGGGUGCUUUUGGAAUUGUGACCCCAAGUUUAGAAGCAUUCUAAUAUAAUUUUUAAAAAUCUGGCUGAACCCGCAAUGGGAUUGGAUGGAUGGGACCCCUUGUGCCCCCCCAGAACCCCAUUAACUUAACAGGGUCUGUGAGGGAUCAAAGGGAUGCACCCACACUAAUCACAUCGCAGCAUCAGGACCUAAAGUAUGUCACAUUCCUACUUUCAUUAACAGGAAUAGAGCUGGUCAGAAAAUGACUUGUUUGCAAAAAUAAAUGUCCACUCUUCAGCAAAAUGAUAGAAAUUUUCCCACCAACACUAAAGCUGGUUGAAACUCUAGAGAAAAUGUUUGCAAUUUUCUAUUUGUUUGUUUUUAAAGAAAUUGUGUACAAUGAAACAUUUCCAGUCAGCUCUAAACAAGAAAAUUGAGUUUUACAAAUGGUUCAUCACUUUAUUAUUUUUGUUAGUGAAAGAAAACCACAGUUCUGACUGCUUUCCAACAAUUUUUGGACAUACAAAUAAAAAUAUUUUAAAUGUUUGUAUUUAGAAAAGUUUGUCUAAAUAUUGAUAGUUCCAUUUGAGUUUAAAUUCAUGUUGGUUUUGGCUCCUUUCUGUGUAAAUGUGACUGAGUGCAGCAUGACUGGGAAAUGAAGCCAGGCAUGGUAGAUAGCUAUCCAGUACUAAUAUACAUGCAUGUAUUUCUCCAUUGUUUUAAAUGUCCUCUUUUCCCCCUGGCCUGUAAUAUUCCAGAGUAA